AUGGCCGGGGCGCUGGCAGGUAUGGCCGCGGGCUUGCAGGUCCCGCGGGUCGCUCCCAGCCCAGACUCGGACUCGGACACGGACUCGGAGGACCCGAGUCUCCGGCGCAGCGCGGGCGGCUUGCUCCGCUCGCAGGUCAUCCACAGCGGUCACUUCAUGGUGUCGUCGCCGCACAGCGACUCGCUGCCCCGGCGGCGCGACCAGGAGGGGUCCGUGGGGCCCUCCGACUUCGGGCCUCGCAGUAUCGACCCCACACUCACACGCCUCUUCGAGUGCUUGAGCCUGGCCUACAGUGGCAAGCUGGUGUCUCCCAAGUGGAAGAAUUUCAAAGGCCUCAAGCUGCUCUGCAGAGACAAGAUCCGCCUGAACAACGCCAUCUGGAGGGCCUGGUAUAUCCAGUAUGUGGAGCGGAGGAAGAGCCCCGUGUGUGGCUUCGUGACCCCCCUGCAGGGGCCUGAGGCUGAUGCGCACCGGAAGCCGGAGGCCGUGGUCCUGGAGGGGAAUUACUGGAAGCGGCGCAUCGAGGUGGUGAUGCGGGAGUACCACAAGUGGCGCAUCUACUACAAGAAGCGGCUCCGUAAGUCCAGCAGGGAAGAGGACCUCCUGGCCCCUAAGCAGGCGGAAGGCGGGUGGCCGCCGCCGGAGCAAUGGUGCAAACAGCUCUUCUCCAGUGUGGUCCCCGUGCUGCUGGGGGACCCAGAGGAGGAGCCGGGUGGGCGGCAGCUCCUGGACCUCAAUUGCUUUUUGUCCGACAUCUCAGACACUCUCUUCACCAUGACUCAGUCUGGCCCUUCGCCCCUGCAGCUGCCGCCUGAGGAUGCCUACGUCGGCAAUGCUGACAUGAUCCAGCCGGACCUGACGCCACUGCAGCCAAGCGUGGAUGACUUCAUGGACAUUUCAGAUUUCUUUACCAACUCCCGCCCCCCACAGCCGCCCAUGCCUUCAAACUUCCCAGAGCCCCCCAGCUUCAGCCCCGUGGUUGACUCCCUCUUCAGCAGUGGGACCCUGGGCCCGGAGGUGCCCCCAGCUUCCUCGGCCAUGACCCACCUCUCUGGACACAGCCGUCUGCAGUCUCGGAACAGCUGCCCUGGUCCCUUGGACUCCAGCGCCUUCCUGAGCUCUGAUUUCCUCCUUCCUGAAGACCCCAAGCCUCGGCUCCCACCCCCUUCUGUACCCCCACCUCUGCUGCAUUACCCUCCCCCUGCCAAGGUGCCAGGCUUGGAGCCCUGCCCCCCACCUCCCUUCCCUCCCAUGGCACCACCCACUGCUUUGCUGCAGGAAGAGCCUCUCUUCUCUCCCAGGUUUCCCUUCCCCACCGUCCCUCCUGCCCCAGGAGUGUCUCCGCUGCCUGCUCCUGCAGCCUUCCCACCCACCCCGCAGUCUGUCCCCAGCCCAGCCCCCACCCCCUUCCCCAUAGAGCUUCUACCCUCGGGGUAUUCAGAGCCUGCCUUUGGGCCUUGCUUCUCCAUGCCCAGAGGCAAGCCCCCCGCCCCAUCCCCUAGGGGACAGAAAACCAGUCCCACUACCUUAGCCCCUGCCACUGCCAGUCCCCCCACCACUGCGGGGAGCAACAACCCCUGCCUCACACAGCUACUCACAGCAGCCAAGCCGGAGCAAGCCCUGGAGCCACCACUUGUAUCCAGCACCCUCCUCCGGUCCCCAGGGUCCCCGCAGGAGACAGUCCCUGAAUUCUCCUGCACAUUCCUUCCCCCGACCCCGGCCCCAACACCGCCCCGGCCACCUCCAGGCCCGGCCACAUUGGCCCCUUCCAGACCCCUGCUUGUCCCCAAAGCGGAGCGGCUCUCACCCCCAGCGCUCAGCGGCAGUGAGCGGCGGCUGUCAGGGGACCUCAGCUCCAUGCCAGGCCCUGGGACUCUGAGCGUCCGUGUCUCUCCUCUGCAACCCAUCCUUAGCCGGGGCCGUCCAGACAGCAACAAGACCGAGAACCGGCGCAUCACACACAUCUCCGCGGAACAGAAGCGACGCUUUAACAUCAAGCUGGGGUUUGACACCCUUCAUGGGCUUGUGAGCACACUCAGUGCCCAGCCCAGCCUCAAGGUGAGCAAGGCUACCACACUGCAGAAGACAGCCGAGUACAUCCUUAUGCUACAGCAGGAGCGCGCGGGCUUGCAGGAGGAGGCCCAGCAGCUGCGGGACGAGAUCGAGGAGCUCAAUGCUGCCAUUAACCUGUGCCAGCAGCAGCUGCCCGCCACAGGGGUACCCAUCACACACCAGCGUUUUGACCAGAUGCGAGACAUGUUCGAUGACUACGUCCGAACCCGUACGCUGCACAACUGGAAAUUCUGGGUGUUCAGCAUCCUCAUCCGGCCUCUGUUCGAGUCCUUCAACGGGAUGGUGUCCACGGCAAGCGUGCACACCCUCCGCCAGACCUCACUGGCCUGGCUGGACCAGUACUGCUCUCUGCCCGCUCUCCGGCCAACUGUCCUGAACUCCCUACGCCAGCUGGGCACAUCUACCAGUAUCCUGACCGACCCGGGCCGCAUCCCUGAGCAAGCCACGCGGGCAGUCACAGAGGGCACCCUUGGCAAACCUUUAUAGUCCUGGCCAGACCCUGCUGCUCACUCAGCUGC